AUGCGGCUUAGACAAGAGCCGAUCGCCCUGAUGGCCGACAUCGAAGCAAUGUUCCAUCAAGUGAAGGUAAACCCCGAGCACAGAGACGCUUUACGAUUUCUCUGGUGGGAAGGUGGAGAUUUGACACAAACGCCAAUGACAUAUGCCGCAAAUAGAGCGAAAUCAAAUUUCUAUGAAGACUACGUGCUCCUGUCAGUAACUGAACCCAAAGAAGCAAUUAUAAUAUCUCGGCAGUUGCGACAUCUUCUAUCCCUGGAAGGUUUCAAACUCACAAAAUGGAUCAGCAACGACAAAGAGGUCCUCAACACAAUACCAUUUGAAAGUCGACAUGCUGGAGUGAAGGAAGUGAACCUGGGAUGUGAAGACCUACCCACGGAGAGAGCCUUGGGAGUCAUGUGGGACCUAAAUGGAGACCAGUUUGCAGCAAAAGUUCAGGUUCCCACCCGACCGGCGUCAAAAAAGGGCUUACGAGCAGUGGUACGCUCGGUGUAUGACCCUCUGGGAUUCAUCUGCCCAUUCACCAUCAAAGCCAAGCUCAUUUUCCAAGACGAAAGCAGGCGGAAGAAGAACUGGGAUGAAGACAUCACCAAGCAAAACCUUCACAAACCCGGGGGCCUGGGUUGUGCCACCUCAUCGCAUCUCCAUCACUUCUGUGACGCCGCACAAGUAGCUUAUGUAGUUGUGACGUACCUACUGUUAGUAGAUAAUGAAGGUAAUGCCAGAUGUUCUUUUGUUUGUGGCAAGGGUCGUCUGGCCCCUCUCAAACAGCUAAUGGUCCCAAGGCUAGAACUCUGUGCAGCAGUCAUGGCGACAAGAGCAGACCAGACAAUCAAGAGUGAAAUUGGUGUCCCACUUGAAGAAUCCGUGUUCUGGACGGACAGUAUGAGUGUGGUCAAGUACAUCGCCAACCUAGAGAAACGUUUGCAUACCCUUGUUGCCAACAGGAUUUCAGCUAUACAUGAAGUCACGGAGAAGGCCCAGUAG